AGAAGCCAGCCUGAUAAAUUCAUUUUUAAUCGCUGUACUUCAAAGAGCUGUACCUCUUUUUUUUUGUUGCUGUCAUUGUGUAUUUUUGAGACAGAGGAUUGCAGCAAUUAGGGACGUCACACGGCUUUAAUGACACACCCAGAUGUGAAUGACUUUUGCGAGUGAGAAAAAAAAAAUCUCAGCUGACCUUGUCUUCCAUGCCGUUCCGGGUAAUUCUAAACAUGCUUGUGAUUUAACAUAUGCUUUAAGUGAUACUACGGCUCUUCUGAUAGGCUUCCAAGUGCUGUUUGAAAGUGUCCAAGUGUGUUGGGGGGAUGUGGAGAACUGAGGCAGGAGCACGAGCCGUGAAGUGGCAGACUGUUUACUGAAAAGCCCCCACUCUUCGAACGUUUUUGUCGAGCUGCAUCUGGUCAACUGGCUGUCUGUCUCAGUCGUGGGAAAGACUGAAAUUACAUCGCUCUCAUGGUGGACUAUUUUGAGCUCCUGGAGAGAGUGGCAGAGGGCAGGCGACAGGUUCUAGAGCUUUGUUAGAGCAGGAGUUCCCCCACGAAACACGUCUGAAGCUGUCCAGUCGAGCACCGUUUGAACGGAACGGGAGAGGAGAGGAACAAUGCUGUGUGCUACUUCACCAGACCUGGAACCUGAUGACAACACGUCGUUCUACAUCCUCAACGUGGGCCAGCCCCAGUCGGUGGUCAAUCAGUCCAUCGGCAUCCCCCGACAUGGCAUGCAGUCACACUCACACUCACACUCGCAGGUCAUCUCGACCUCGCCGCGGCUUCAGUCGCACAAAGUGUUCGACCCCGGCUACGAGCUGCAGCAGGACUCCAACAAGUGCAGCCAGCCGCCUGGCAGCGGUCAGCCGCCCAAGGCCUUCGAGUGCCCGAGCAUCCAGAUCACCUCCAUCUCACCCAGCUGCCAACAGGAGAUGGACGCCAACGAUGACGACAAGGGGCACGACAGGGACUACCACCACGACCGGCCCAUGUCGCGGGACCACCUGUACCUCCCCCUAGACCACUCCUACAGGGAUUCCUCGCUCAGUCCAAGCCCCUGCAGCAGCCUGUCGUCCAGGAGCUGGUUCUCAGACGCGUCAUCUUGCGAGUCCUUCUCGCACGUGUACGACGACGUGGACUCGGAGCUGAACGAGGCGGCGGCGCGCUUCACACUGGGCUCGCCGCUCACGUCGCCCGGCUGCUCGCCCCAGGCUGGCGGCCUGGACGAGCCCUGGCAGCACCAGCAGCAGCAGCAGCAGCAGCAGCAGCAGCAGCACCACCACCACCCGGCCUUCGCCCACUCGCACUCGCUCUCGCCGCGCCAGUCGCCCUGUCACUCGCCGCGUACCAGCGUCACCGACGAGAACUGGCUGAGCCCGCGGCCGCCCUCCAGGCCCUCGUCCCGGCCCACCUCGCCCUGCGGCAAGAGGCGCCACUCCAGCGCUGACAUCUGUUACCCGGGCUCCGUGUCCCCACACCACUCCCCGUCGCCCACGCCGGGGCCCUCCCCGAGGGGAAGCGUGACGGAGGACACCUGGAUCGGAAGCCCUUCAAUGGGGAUGUCCCCGUUCCAGUGCUGUCCGUCCGAGGCCGACAUCCCCUCCAAGACCCGCAAGACCUCGCAGGACCGCACGCCGCCGCACCAGCCCGGCAAGGGUGACCUGGGGCUGGACGAUUCAGGAAACGUGUCUCCGCUGUUGGACUCCCCUGCCGAGGAGGCCCUGCUCGGUCUGAAGAAGGACGGUCCGGGAGAGCAGUUUCUCUCCGUGCCCUCCCACUUCACCUGGAACAAGCCCAAGCCGGGACACACGCCCAUUUUCAGAACAUCAUCACUGCCUCCGCUGGACUGGCCCUUACCGAACCAGUUCGGACAGUACGAGCUGAAGAUCGAGGUCCAUCCCAAGGCUCACCACCGGGCGCACUACGAGACGGAGGGCAGCAGAGGGGCGGUGAAGGCAGCGUCUGGGGGACACCCUGUGGUGAAGCUCCUGGGCUACAGUGAGAAGCCUGUCAAUCUGCAGAUGUUCAUUGGGACGGCAGACGACCGCUACCUGAGGCCGCAUGCCUUCUACCAGGUGCACCGGAUCACGGGGAAAACGGUCGCCACUGCAAGCCAGGAAAUCAUAAUCACCAGCACAAAGGUUCUCGAAAUACCUCUCCUUCCCGAAAACAAUAUGUCUGCCAGCAUUGACUGUGCAGGGAUCCUGAAGCUAAGGAACUCGGACAUCGAGCUGAGAAAAGGCGAGACAGACAUCGGGCGGAAGAACACGCGCGUGCGGGUGGUGUUUCGAGUGCACAUCCCACAACCCAACGGGAAGGUGCUGUCUCUGCAAGCGGCGUCCAUCCCUAUAGAGUGCUCCCAGCGCUCGGCUCAGGAGCUCCCCCAGGUAGAGAAGUGCAGCCUGUCCAGCUGCGUGGUCAGUGGGGGGGAGGAGAUGGUCAUCAGCGGCUCCAACUUCUUCCCGGAGUCCAAGGUCAUCUUCCUGGAAAAGGGCCCCGAUGGACGACCCCAGUGGGAAGUGGAGGGGAAAAUUGUUCGUGAAAAGAGUCAGGGGUCGAGUCUGGUGGUGCAGGUUCCCCCGUACCACAGCAAGACGGUGACCUCCGCAGUCCAGGUGCAGUUCUACGUGUGCAAUGGGAAGAGGAAACGGAGCCAAUCCCAACGUUUCACUUACCUGUCAGUGUUGGUGAAGCAGGAGCACAGAGACGAUCUGGACGCGUCCGCUGUGGCGUCCAUGCCCCUGCCCCUCGCUCACGCUGGCGGCGGCCUGGUCCGGACCCAGAUGCCAUCCCCCGAGCCAGGCCACCCGCAGGACGGCCUUCUGUCCAGCUCCCCCCGCGGCCUGGCCCCGGGCCUGCACCCCCUGCAGCCCCCCUGUGGCCCCCCCAUGGGCUCCCCCACCUUCCCCCACCUGCCUCACCUGCAGGGCCACGGGCUCCACGCGGGUCCCGAUUGUCAGAUGGCGUUCCACGCGGGGCCCCAUCCGCACCCCCACCCCCACCCACAUCCCUCCCGGCCUCCCUACCAGCCUAUGCAGCACGGGCACGGCCUGCCCUUCAAUGGCCAGCCCAGUCUUCCCAUGAGCACCGGCGUCGCGGGCUCCCCGCAGGCCUUUGAGCGGAUGCCAUACCAGAGCGACCCUGCGGCGUGCCACUCCCACGCCCUGGGCCUGGGCAUGGUGUACCACUCUGCCUCCUCAGUCCCCAACUCAGGGCACUCCCCCACCAGCCCCCUACCGAUAGUCUCCGCCGCCUCUGGCACCCCCGGUGGCCAGCCUAUGGCCCACUCCUCCCCACACCUGCACUCGCUGGGGUACCACUGCCCCAACCCUGCCCAGGUGUCUUCGCCCACCCACUCCAUGGGGCAGCAGCAGCAGCAGCAGCAGCAGCAGCAGUCUGCGCCUCCGAUGCAGCGGCCCAUGGGGGGCUACCACCCCGCCGGUCAGCGCUCCGCCUCCUGCCCGUCGCCCUCCAGCAUCCCCCAGCAGCAGCAGCAGCAGCAGCGCAUGGUGCCCUCCCCCCAUUCAGGGCCCUCGUCCCCCCAGCUCCACUCCCUGCCCUACCAGUCCCCCACCUCGCCCUCCCCGACCGCGGGCAGCCCGCUGGGGCCGAUGUCCCACUCCAGCCAGCCUUCCCCCCAAGCCAGCAGCCCGGUGCUGGGCAGCCUGCCCUCGGCCGCGCCCAUGGUGCACCCGCUGGGUCCCCAGGCGCCCUUUCCAGCAGACGGGGAGCGGCUGAACAUCAAGCAGGAGCCGGAGGAGCGGGAACCCACCUUCAGAUCCAUCGGCCUGCAGGACAUCACGCUGGAUGAUGUAAACGAGAUCAUCGGCAGAGACAUGUCCCAGUCUCCAGGGUCUCACCACGCGGCCCCCCCACCCCACAGCCAGUCCUAGCGCUGCCAGCGCAGCGACACAGCAGCAGCAGCAGCAGCAGCAGCAGGCCAGCCCCCUGGUCAUGCCCAGUAGCCCUCGGCCCUAACGGCUGCAGCAGCGGCCCCCUCUGCUGCAACACUCUGCCUUCCUCCUCUUCAUCAUCAUCGUCAUCAUCAUCGCCAUCGCCAUCACUCAUCCUCAGAUCUACUGCGCCCUGCCCUUUCGCACACACACACACACACAUAUGCACAUACACAAGCACGUAAUACUCUCCCAUUUACACCAUUACUCACCUAUAACAUCUGCGUCAGAAAAAAAAUAGCCUACAUGUGCUUGCUCAAACAUACACACACAUGCUCACAUACAGACACUCACACACCUCAGAUUUGUGAUUUUAACAAAGAGGUAUGCUUCACAGAACAUUAGACUCCAGCUGCCAGCUAGCAAAGCAGUAAAAUCAGAUAAAUCUAUGCAAUAUGAGGUCACUGCAGUGCCCAUCUGUCUGCGCUAACGAAGAGAGCCAUGCUUAAUCUGCUUACCCUGGGUUUUUCUAAUGGCCAACCUGUGUGUUAGGGAAUCUUUGGGAGAUAGCUGGAAAACAAGGGUCUACCACAUUCAUACAGGUGCAGUAUCCACUCACACACACACACACACAGAGUGAUGCUUGUCUGACCAGCAAUCCCCACCCCUCCCCCCGUCUGUUUCGGUACAGGAGUACUAGAGAUGCGUCCGAUGCCCUCCUGGGUUCGGCAAUAUGCAACAUUCCACACUUCUAGUGACCUUUCAGCAUUGUAGAUAGUCUGUUUUAUUGUACUCCUCUCCCCCACCUUUUCUUCAGGUUUAACAAAUGCCUUAUUAAAGUCUAGCAGCUUUGAAUGAAGAUGCUUUAAAAUAUAUAAAGUUACUUUUUCUUGCACAGUUGACCUUUGUGCUGAUGACGUGGUUGAAGCCUAAAAAAAAAACGUAUUAUUUUAGAAUUAGCUGUAGUGUUAGAUACCAUUAGAGUUGCAAUUUUUUGGAUUGCUAGUGUGUUGGUCAAGUGUUACUUUGUUUCAAUACAGUGGUUUCUUGCAAUGAGUGAUUGUGGACAAAUAUUUUAUUUUUUGUUUGUCAAAAGUCAAAGACUGAAAUGAGCAGAUACGAACUGUGUGUUUAUGCUAGAGUAGGAAGCGCAUGUCAACCCUACUGCAAUAGGAAUAUAGAAGGGAAGGGACAAUCGAGACGGAAUUUGGUUGAUAGCUGGGGGUUCAGCCUCGGUCAUGAUAUACUAUGAGAUGAGGAGGGAAUUAUAUGUGCCUUUGACUUUCCACUUUUCUAAGCAGCCGUGCGUAGAGGAAACCUAGCUACCGUUCAGAAUAAACCCCAACCUGUUUAUGCUGAAUUUGACGUCAGUAGACAGACCACAAUUAAGUGGUUGUAUUUUAAUUUUAUUUAUUUUUUUGUGUGUGUGUAUGUGUGUGUGUAUGUGAGUGUCACACAAACACACACACACACACACACAUAAUUUCCAAAUCAACCCUGUCCCAGAGCGGAUAUGGUUUUUAUUCACAGAAAUGUUGCAUCCUGACAAUCAAAGACUAGUUCAAAUUGCAGUGUGGUCACAAAAUUGCACUAUUUGGACAUAGCAGAGACACACAAAAAUAUCCCAUUGGCAAAAAGAAACUGUAGAGCACUGUCCAUUUUCACAAGCAUAGUUUGUAUGUUAAUCAGGAUGGUAGUCCCAACAUUGCAGCAGGAGGGCAUUUCAAGGGUUGGUUUGGCAAAUGUACAAAAACCAAACAAAUAAACAAACAAACAAAAACAGUGACCGCUUAUAGCAUGUAGCUUUGAAAUGAAAUGGUUCUUAUUAACAACUUCUCUGAGCAAGUGUUCUGUCGGAUAGUGGGCAGGGAAUUCCAACUUUGGGAAAUACUCCUGUGAUUCAUGAAGACAAUAACACAAAUUUACAACAAUCUGUGGGACAAGGGACAAUUUUCAAAUAGAAUUUGAGAGCAGACGUGCACGAAGACUGACUUUAUGAUGAAUGGUGUUGAGAGCUCAGUAAUGUAGUCACGAGGUGCAGUUCAUCUUUAAAACUACAGAUUUUUUGGCGAACGUGGUUAGAAGUUUCAUACAAACAAAUCUAUGAAGAAUUGUAACGGCUCUUUGCCUUAAUUUUUUUUUUCUAAAUUGACAGUGAUGUUGCAUGUAUAUUUUUGUAUUCUGAGGGAAAAAAAGGUACAGUCACUUCAUAGUUUUUUUUUUUUAAGUUUUUAACUAUAGCUAUAUUGACAACUGUUCAUUUUUGUCCAAGAGAAAAUGAAAAAAGAGACAAAUCUGCUAUGCACUAAGAACCUGCCUGAUGCCUUUUGAGAAAAGAAAAUCAUAACAAAAAAAAGACAACCUUGAUGCCUCUAGGUGUAGCAGCUCCUGAGAUGCUUUCUGUUAGACUAGCAUGCCACAUGUCCUAUUCCCACAAGAGAGGUUUGGAAGGGUUUGCAUUACUGCCUUGGUUUAAACAAAAAGAAUGAAAAUGACAAAAAACAGUGCAAGCGUCUUAACAGAUUGUGUGUGUGUGUGUAUGCGUGUUUGCGUGUGUGUGUGUAUGUAUGUGUGAGGGUGUGUAAAUUGUGUUCUUGAGUGUUUCUAUUCAGUAGACUGUAGAUAUGAUUUUUUUUCCACUUUUUUGGAUUUCAAUAUUGAGAAAGCACACAAAUCCAUGAGGCUAUGCAAAAUGAAAAUCUGCAACUUGAUUUUGGUGAUAUCCAGCAUCAGGUAAAAAUGGGACAGUAAAUUAUGAUUUUCCUCUGCAUUUAACCGGUUGUAUGUAAACCAUUACAUAUAGCAAUUGAGGAUCAUGAUGCCACUCUUUGAGUUAUUUAAUUUAAUCUAUCAAACAUACUGUAGGAAAGCCUUAACUUGUGUUUGAAGUACAGAUUACUGAUUUGGGUGUGAACCUUUGGGAUUAAUUUAGGACUGGGUUUGAUCUGUUGAGGCAGGAUGUCACUGGGGCUGGUUCCAAGGGUCCUUACUAGUAAGCCCUCAAUGUCUAAGACAAGACCAGUCCUCACAGUAACUCCUUUUCUAUAGGAAACCAAAGACCGAACAUGUUCCCAUUUUACAUGCAGGUAACAACAGACUUUAGAACUCUAUUUUUGAUACUUUAAAGUGGAUGUCAUUCCUAAAGGUUGGUGAUAUAUAAAUAUAUAUGCAUAUAUAUCUAUAUAUAAAAUGUUUUGUAAAUUAAAAGGGAAAUACAGGUUAGCAAAUGUUUACGGAGCCUUGUAUUGUCAUUUCAUGUACAUUUUGUAUUUUAACAUUUUGUAAUUUUUAAGACUGCAGUGCUUUUUGAAAUUAUUCAAAGGGAAUACCUUGCAUUGUAGGCUCUUCUAUGGUAAUGUAUCAAUAAAAACGAAAACCCCCAGUUA